UAGACUUUGAUUGUCAUCACGUGACAUCCUGACAACAAAAUCGUAGUAUGGCACUGGUUUGGUUGCAGCAAACUUGGAAUGCCAACCGUGUGGUUAUUACGGUAGCUACCAGUGCAGCCACAGCAGCCAUCGCUUACAGCAUAUACAGACUUCUCUUCAUCGAAAAAGAGGAAGAAGCGGAUGAGUACUUUGAAUCUAUAGUCCUUUCAAAGGAUCCUCCCAGUAAAAAGAUUCUAGUGAUUGGAUUAGAUGGUGCUGGUAAGACAAGCUUUGUGAGGUGUUUUGGUAAAGGCAACAAAGAUGGGAAAGCAUAUGAUGAGCCUCGGCCAACUGUAGGAUUUAACGUUAAAAGUGUCAACAUGGGAUCAGUUCUGUUAGAUUUCUGGGACGUUGGAGGGUCAGUGGUAUGCCGUGAAUACUGGAAACAGUUUUUACAAAGUAUACACAACAUUGUUUGGGUAGUAGAUGCUUCAAAUCGUGAGAGAAUUCAGGAAUCCAGAGAUGCCCUCAUUAAGUUUCUACAAAAUGAUCAAGAGAUACGUCCGCUUCUCAUAGUGGCAAAUAAACAGGACUGCAAAGGUGCUAUGAAGUUAUCAGAAAUUAAACAGCAUCUUCAGGUGGAUUCAUCUGCUGUGAUUGACAAGUUUACUAGAGACAUUAAAAUUGUCGGAACACAAACACCACAAGGUGGGACAAGGAAAGGAAUAUGGGCUGCAUACAAGAAACUUCUGGAAAUGCCUUGAAUAAGCAAUAGUUAUAGUUUUCUAAUAUAAGUAUAUAUAUCAAAUGGAUGUUAAGAUAAAAUCCAUCUACAGGUUUAUGAUCCAGGUUAAAAUAAAAGGAUUCAGAGAAACUGAGAAUUUUUUUUUUAAUAUUCAUAAACAUGAAAAAAAUUCAUCAAAAAAAUAUAAAAAUGUAUUGUAUAUGUACAUUGUAUUUAAGUUUAGAUUAUGGAGAGCAUAAUAUAUGAAGUUUAAGAAUAUCGAUGAAAUGAAAAUAAACUAAAUAAAAAUGAUAAAAAAUUGUCAGUAACUCAGUGAAUGUAGAAUCUAUGAUUAUAUUUUAUGUAAUAAAUUAUUCUGUAGUAUACAAAUAGAAAUCAUGAAACAAUUAAAUGGUUACAGAGAAUUUUAUACUAAAUUUACUUGUAAUCUAUGAAUGUUUUUUUUUUUGAAUGAAAUUUGUUGAAUUGAAAUGGAAGUAGUUGAAAACUGGUUAAUUGCAAUAUAAAUUCAAAUAUAAGCAGGAACUUAUUUUCCUGUUUUUGUUGUUGUUUUUAGCUAUUUUAUGCAUUUAUCUGUAUGCUGAAUUGCUCAAUGCUGAAAUAAUGUGCAUGGAAAUGUAUACAAUUAUGGAAAUUAAGAUGAAUUCCUAAAUGUGACUGCUUACUUUUGGGAAGUCAGUGUUUCAAUUGCCUUUAUCAAAGUUUUAACACAUUAAAAAUCUGAUUUUUCUAAUGUCUUCCUCAGCAGAGAAAAUCAUAUCUACUUAGAACAUUCAGUAUAUAAGUUCAUAUUGGCCAAAUGUCAAAUCUCUGUUUUUUACAUUCGAAAUAUGCUUACGGAAAUGUAUUUUCUAGUGACUUUAUUUAAGUGUGUGAAGAAAUUUGAAUCUCGUGUCAAUUUGAAAUUAUCAUAAAAUCAGUGUUUUGAUGGCAUGCACAUUUUUUUUAUAAAAAAACUUUACACUUUAAAUCAAUUAAAUGAUGCUAUGCCUGCCAAUUCUCAUCCUAUUCCUCAUCCAUUUGUCAGUCCAUCAACAUUUUGGCUUGUAGUACUCUCAGUACUCCAACUAGAUAAUUUAGCUAUAUUUAUGAAAAUAUAUACAAGUGUACAUUUAUUUCCUACUGCAGACCAUUAAACGUGAGCCUUGUUCCAUUAAAGUGUCAUUAUAUAAUUUGUACAGCAUAUCAUUAUUGCAGUACAUUUUCUCAUCUAUGUACACCCAACAGUCGUAAUCUUUGUCCAGACAUUUGAGAAAUUCUAACAUUUGCUGGACCAUUUUGGACUACAGAGGUUUCAUUUUCAUCCCUUUGAAGUGUUGACAAACAUAUUUGAUAUUGUAAAUUAAAAAUAAUGCAGUUAUUAUCAAUACAACUUCUACAAAUUGGUAGAACCGGAACAGCUGCGGAAUACAACUUCCGUAUUCAAGGAAACUUUUUAUAUUUCUGUUUAAAUUGUCCUUUGUAAGAGGCCCUUAUUUUUUAGGCCCUUAUUUUCCCCUCUUUGUUAUAAUUUAUAAUUUAAGGCCUGUAAGUGCCAUUCAUCGGGCUGGUUUUUCCCGUAACACAUGAUGUUGUGAUUUUAAUGUAGAAAUGUAUGCUAGUUGUUCUGUUGAAAUUUUUAAUAAUGUAUCAGUAUAUUUACAUAGUCUAAACAACAAAGACUGUCGUUUUAUCAUGUAUAAAUUAACAAGCAAAUUGAGAAACUGUUGUUUUACUGUAAAUUGUAGUAAAUAAACUUGCCAAUUUAUUUGAAGACUGGAAUCGCACAAUCACUUGCACAAUGUGAUAAGUUAUGAGGUAUUUAUAUAUGGUUUGGUGAGCUUUGAUAGCCAAAGGUGAAAUUGUUGAUAUUAGUAUUUAUACCUUGUUAUUAAGUAACUAAUGCACAAAUGUUAACUUUAUCAAAUAAUAAUUUAAUAUUUUUUUUUUCAUUACUCUUGCAAGAUUUUUGUUCCUCUUGUAAAGGAAAUGUAGUUCAAUGUAUGAUAAACGAGAAAAUUAUUUCAAAUCACUAUCUAGUAAGUAUUGUUAUCAUAUCUGAGUAUAUAAAAAAAAAAAAAUUGGUAAGAGAGAUUAUAAGAAGAGAAAUAUUGCAAACAAGAAGUGCAGGACAUUUUCCGUAUCAGUACAUACUGAGAAGAUGCCCUUAGAAUUCUUCAAAUCUGAAGAACAAAUUAAAUAUCAGAGGCAUGGAGCUCCAAACAUAUUAUGAUCUAUACAUAUGCUUUGUAUACAGAUUCUAAAGUAUACACAGACGUAAUCUGUACUGUUAGAAUUUAUUUUAUAAUAUUUCCUUAGCAAUAAUUCAUUUACAAAUAUUUGAAUGCUGAAUCUGGUAAUCCCAGGCUUUCUUAAAAAAAAGGUUAUUUCUUAUUAUCAGGGAGCAUAUCAGCAAAGUACUUUUGUCUAAAAAGGUCAAAUAUACUGCUGCCUAAAUUCUUAUUAGAAUGCCCCAUAGAUAUUGUUUGAAGCUGAAAUAUCACUUCACAAGAUUAUGUAUGCAUACAAUUGUUGUUUUCUUCUUUGUUGUUUUUAUACCCCCCCCCCCCCCCCCCCCCCCCCCCCGUUAGGUAAAAGAGGGUAUCAAUUUGUGUGUCCUCUUGUGCAUCUGUGCCUCUGUCUGUGAUGACCUUGUGUACAUGAUGUCUCAUGAACACAUUUAGUUAACAAUGUCUACACCUGAUUAUAUUUUGCUAGUCAUCGGUCAAGGUCAAAGGUCACGCUUGACCACUAUUAAAAUAAAAAGCUUGUGUACACAGUAUCACAUGAACCACUGAACAAAUUUAGCUCAUAUUCACAUCAUAACAUCACAGCAUCAAAUUCCGAACCUGAUUGGAUUUUGGUGGUCAUCGGUCAAGAUUAACGGUCGCGAAGAUUACACUUGACCACUUCUGAAAUUAAAGAGGAUGUGAAACUGAAGGUUUCUCUGGACAGAUUAUUUUGUUCAUGAGGGCGGUGGGAUACUCUAUGAGGCCCUGCUCACUUUCCUUUUAUAACCACCCCUGGACAGAUUAUUUUGUUCAUGAGGGUGGUGGGAAACUAUAUGAGUAUAUAUAGGCCCUGCUCACUUUCCUUUUAUUACCAGUCAUUACAGAGUAUGUUUAUUUUAGAUCAGCGGAUCCUAAGUGAUUUCCUAAUCCAUCCCUCUGUCUGUAGGAAUUCCUGCAUUUAUUAAAGAUCUCUAGGACAUUCCUCAUAUAGUGACUGUGUGUUAUAUAAAAUUAUGUAGUACAUUGAGCAAAUUAGAAGAAGUUUCACUUUCAUUUUGAUUAAGAAUUAAUUAUAUAGAGUACAUGUACUUGGAUUCAAAAGCAACAUUACUCAAUAGCCUUAGUUUUUUUCUGGCACCAACACCAGAUAUUGGACAUUAUAAGUAAAAUGUAUAUGGACUUCCACCAGACAUUCGAUAUUAUAAAUGUACCCCAACUGGACAUCUGUCCAUCCUUAUCUCCACCAACUGGGAAUAGAAAUCUGUGUGUCAAAAUGUCUGGCCUGUUGUGUUGGGGCCAGUAGAAACUUAAUUAGCUACAUUACUCAUAUCAAUGUAUUUACUGUGUUGUUGUUUAUUUUCAUAUAAUGUUGUUAAAUUGUACAUUCUGGCCUGCUGAGACAUAUAUUUAUAUAUAGCGAACAGUCCCAGUAAAAUCAAUAUUUAGUACACAGCAUCAUGGACCUUCAAUCUUGUUAAAUCUCUUGGUGAAAUUAACAUAGGAUUAUCUCCCUUUACAUACUUCAUUCAUUAACUGUGACAUUUUUAACUUAAGAUUUUGUGUCUUAAAAUAUAAUUAUUUCUCUGUAUUUUUUUUUUUUUUUGAAUCUUAGAAGCCUAUAUACAUAGUUAUUGUACAUGUGGACCCUGUGAUACUGAUUUAUACAUUUGUACAUGUUAUCGCAUGAAAUAAACUUGUUAAAAAACAG